CCGGCCCUGAGCGCUGCCGGCGUCGGGAGCCUUGGAAACGGACGGCAACCGGGAAGGAGCGGCGGCGCCGGGAGGAUGCUGAGCCCCGAGCGGCUCUCGCUGCCGGGGCCCGAGUACCUGGCUCAAAGACAUGUCCUCACGUAUAUGGAGGAUGCAGUGAGCCAGCUGCUGGAGAACAGAGAAGAUACUAGCCAGUAUGGCAUUGCCAGGUUCUUCACUGAAUACUUUAACAGCGUGCGGCAAGGAACACACAUCUUGUUCCGUGAGUUCAGCUUUGUUCAAGCCACCCCUCAUAACAGGGCAUCUUUUCUUCGGACCUUCUGGAGGUGCUUCCGCACAGUAGGGAAAAACGGAGAUUUGCUAACAGCACAGGAAUACCACUGCCUGCUGCAGCUACUCUGCCCUGACUUCCCAAUGGAACUCACUCAGAAAGCAGCAAGGAUUGUGCUGGAGGAUGAUGCUACGGAUUGCCUGAUGUCUUUUUCUGAUUUCCUCUUUGCCUUCCAGAUCCAGUUCUACUACUCAGAGUUCCUGGAAAGUGUGGCUGCUAUUUAUCAAGAUCUACUGGCUGGUAAGAAUCCAAAUACUGUGAUUGUGCCAACGUCAUCCUCUGGGCAACAUCGGCAGCGCCAACCCCCAAAUGAUGGCAGCCCACUGGACGGGGUAGAGGCAUCUCUUUUCUAUGAGUGCUUAGAGUCCUUGUGUGACAGAUCAAAAUACAGCUGUCCACCUUCUGCUCUUGUGAAGGAAAUGCUGAGUAGUGCGCAGAGGCUGACCUUCUAUGAAUUCCUGAUGGCACUUGCAAAGGAUCAGAGGAUCAACAGAGCCCUAGGGGCUUUGCCAGAUAAAGGAGACUUGUUUCUGGACCCUGCUAUGGAUCAGGAACUUGAGAAAUUGGUAGCUCAGGUUUCAGGGCUUUCUGUCUCCGGUCCCACCAGCACCAGUGGGGACACACCUAGUUUGCCUGUCCGUACCUCACCCAGGAUUAACUCACCCUGGAAACCUCUGCACCAUCGGAGAAAAAUGGAUGCUGAGAGUGAAGGCUCCAAUGAAGAGACAGACUCUUCUGAAAACUGAAGGUUGCCAGGGUGGGCACCAGUCCCACCUUGGGUUUUUCCAGAACCUGCUGGAGGAACAGCACCUCCUCCCAGACCAUCUGCUCUGACAGUGGGUUCUGUCCACAUCAACAGUGUGUGUGCGGCUGUGCCAGUCUCCAUUGCCAAGCCCACCCAUCUCUUCCCAGGAAGAACUUGCCUUUUUCCCAAAGUCGUGCGGGAGCUUCGCUGCAGAAGCUGUUUCCAGCUGCAGUUAUGCUACCCUCUGCUGGCAGGCAAGACAAACCAGCAGACGCUAGCUCUGCUUCCACUUGGCGAUAGCUGGGUGUGCUCUCACAGGGCUCUCCCUCACGGUUCAGCAGGUGCUGGAGCAUGGGGAGCGCUAGUGCGGGCUGCUCACCAGUGUUUUGUUGUGCAGCGGUGAUCAGGCUUGGCCUUGGCAAUAGAGUGGGUAAAUCGCCAGCAGCAGCUCUGCAUUCCCGCUCCAUUAUUUAUUCCUAGUAAAGCUACACCUGCAUAUGAUCAAAGGUAGAGAAAUUCCUGAAAUUCCUAGAAAAGAAAGGCUUUGGUAUUGCCAUGCCACCUGUCUCUGCUUCCUCCUCUGUGUGUCCAACACUUGCCAAAGCAAAUAUAGCAAAUAAGCUAGAUUGCACUAUGUACUGCAUGGUGCUGUCUAGCUCCUCUGCUGUACUGAGCUCCCUUCUGUGAGGCCUCCCACUGCCUCCAACACCAUAAUAAGGGAAUUUGGAAAGGCAAGUUCCAAACGGGUUGGAGGGGAGAGGGAGAAAGUCUUGAAAUUCCUUGGCCACAGGUGGUGCAGCUUGCCAACAUAGAGAGCAUGUCCUGGGGUUGGGUAGGCAGAAGCACUGGGGGACAAGGAAGCAGUUACCAAGCAAGUCCCGGGUAUUUAUUUUGUAAAUAUUGGUCUUGCUGUUGCAUCAUGGUGUAGCCCUUACAACUACAAAAAGAAGUAGCAUCUAAUUUUGUUAAUGGCAACUAACUCAGCAGUUUGGCUUCCACAGCCCUGAGCAGGUUGUCUAGCCCAGCUCCUAUGCACUAGCUUGCCUAGACCAGCUAUUUCCUGGGGACCUUAAGUUUCUCUCGACUCUUUGGGAGCUUCCUUGCUCCUGUUCAUAAAAUUCUGCCGUGUGGGCUGCUCAGAGCUGGUAACCAAAGCUUAUAGCAGCCCUAAGCUGAGUGGAUUUAACACAUGCUGGAGCUAUUUUAAGACUAAUCCCGUAACUGCUGCUGAGUCUGUACCACAGCCCCACCUCUGGAGGUAGUGGGAUGGGUUAUUUAUUUAUUGUAAGUGAUUUUAUUUCUUAACGUCCUUUCUCUCCCAGCCAUCAGUGACAGCCCGGCAAUAAAAGACGCUGCGUGAGGAGA